AUGUUGAAACCAACUACAUUAACGGCAAGGUCUAUCUCCCAAAACUCUCGUCAUGAAUACACAAGUUCAGAUUCAAAAUUUGAACGAUCGGAAUUAAGUGACGCUCAAUAUAUUGACCAAUUAUUAUUGGAGAAUCAAGAGUUGAAAGCAUUAGUUGAUCGACAAAAGAAAAUUAUUGAAAAAUUAAAUAAUCAACUCAAGUCAUCUAAUGGUAGUAAGUUGACAUUAGAUUCGAUCAACAAUAGAACACCACCACUAUCACAAAAAUCAUCAGUUGACAAUGCAGAGCCAGAACCAGAACCAGAGCCUGUGUCUCAGGCAUCCACUGCAACUGAAGUUAGUUUUAAACGCGUAUCAGGUGCAUUGUCUCCAACUUUAGUAACAAUACCAAAAUCACCACAACGAUCCAUCAGCAAUAACAGUAUCCAGUCGUCACCAACUAAACAGACACUUUCUGUGCAAAAGCAAUUGUUCGAUGAGAAUAUUACGGGUGCUCCUGCUAACUCUGUGCCACAAGAGGUACCAUUAAGAUCAUCUAGAAGAAGACGUAACUCUAAUGACACCAAAUCUUCCGAUAAGAAAGCUUCAUAUAUUUCCCUUGAAUCAUCUACUCCAUCACAAAUUCCUAAUUCAGAUUCUAAUGGAAGCACUUUGUCAUCGUCAUUUCAAACAAACGGUGUUGGAAGAGCAAGUGAGUUUGCAUCUAUUAAAUCACCUGAUUUGGAAGUUGACAUGGGUAAUACACUGAAGAAUGAUACUAUGAAUAACACUUUUGAUAGUAAAGCGGGGGUGGAUACAACUAUAGGAACAGUUGAUUCAAUUGAUUCUGGUAAGAUUAAUGAAACAGGGGAAAGUAAAUUCAGUACAAUGGAAAGUACGAAAUCACAACUGGAUGUUUCUGGUUCUAGUAUUGGUACUACUACUGGCACUAGUACUGUUGGUGGUACUGCAUCAAGUGGGGUAUCAAAAAUAUAUUCUCAAAGUAAAGGUAUUGCUAGAAGUAGUAGUAGUGUGGGUUCUACCUAUAAAUCCUCGCGAAUUAAACCACCAAAUUUGCAAACAAAGCCUAAUAACAAUAGUGCUGUUGACCUAGCACCUCCUACAUCGUUGAAAACAGCAGCAUCUAAUAUUAGUUCGCCGGUCGAGCUUAAGUCACCUUCAUCGCAAUAUGAUACCAGUCCACAAAUACAAAGUGAUACCAAUAUCAAGUCUCAAUUAGCACCUCCAUAUGAAAUGCUGACAUCUAAUAAUGAACAGAUUCCUCCUGUACCGCCACCAAAAUCAAACUCAAACUCUAAACCACACCCAACUUUGAAUUUACUGAAUCAAUCAAGCAGACUGGCUGGUGAUUCUUAUCAAUUAACAACAGUUUAUGAUAGUCCAGCUACACCCCGACCAACAGUUCGAACUCCAACUACCUCAUCAUAUAACAUUAAUAGUGCACCACAAACUCCUGGGUCCAGUUUCAAUGUUUUACACACCCCGAAAACAGAUAUGGAUGAAUCAUCAUUGUUUAUUAAACCAGAUGAAUUUCAUACAAUAUUUAUUUCAGUUAUUAGUACCAUUCAUGUUGAUCUAAUGAACCAAACCCUGAAAAAAAGUGACGAUCCAAACGUUACUAUUACAAUCAAUGAUCGAGAAACAAAUAAAGAAAUGUGGAAAAUACGUAAAACUUUUUCCCAAUUGGUUACGUUUGAUUCAGAAAUACGGCCAAUUGUAGAAUAUUUUGGGUUACCUCCGUUACCAGAUAAACAAUUAUUUUGCAGUUCGACUCCAGCAAAAAUUGAAAUCAGAAAAUUGGCGUUACAGAAUUAUUUCAAUUCGAUAUUUGUCAUGCCACAUAUCCCACGUAUGGUCUUAUAUUAUAUUUGUCGAUUUUUAUCAUUAGAUUUUGUUAAUCCUUUAGAUGAUUUUAAAAGUGGGGCUAGAAAGGAAGGUUUCCUUGUACGUCGUUAUAAAGGUUUAGGUGCAACUUGGAAAAUACGUUGGUGUCAAGUUGAUGGUCCUUAUAUGGAAAUAUAUGAAAACCCUGGUGGACCGGUAUUGGAACAAAUCCAAUUAUCUGGUGCUCAGAUUGGAAGACAAUCGUCAGAUGCCGUUGCUGAAGAUAAAGGAUAUCGACAUGCGUUUUUAAUUAUGGAAUCACUGAAAUCUUCUAAAUUACAUUCUUCAGUCCCUAAACAUUUCUUUUGUGCGGAAUCUGAUGAUGAAAGAGAUGACUGGGUCACAGCAUUAAUUGAAUUUACUGAGGAUGCAUCAGAAUCAGUGGAAAAUUCACCUCAACAACAAUAUGACAGAUCCAAUGCCUAUGAUUCAUUGAGUACUCCAAAUACAAGGUAUGAUCAUGCCAAUGAUGAUUUGAAACCAGGUAGUCUGAAUAUAUUUGCCACUCCAGCAUCUAUAGCGGCUUCAGUCGCUGAUCUGUUGUCAACAUAUACAAUGGGUGUUGUAGAUGAUCAAUCCCAAAAGAAAAUCAAGAAGAGAAGUUAUUUCCCUUUUAGAACAAAGACUAAUUCAUCCAAUGAUGAUUCAGAAGAUCAACAAGGUCAACAUCUUCAACCAGAUGAUAAUCAUCUUCUGUUACCAACUACAGCAAUGACAAAUAGUCAAAAUAUAUAUUUGCAACAACAACAACAUCAACAACAACCAUCUGGGUUUGCAAAUGGACAACCACCACCACCAUUAUCCACAGCAGUUACUUCUUCUUCUUCGGGAUAUCCAAGAUCAGAAGAUAAUAUGCAACAAUAUUUAAGUCAAAUGAAACUUGAUGAAGAUUCUGCCAAAAAAAUAUUUGGUAGUGAAUUAGAAAUUGCUUUUGAAUUAUCUAAUCAUGAAUUUAUGGGGAAGAAAAUCCCUAGUGUAUGUUAUCGAUGUUUAGAUUUUUUAAUGAAAACUGGAGCUAUUUAUGAAGAAGGAAUAUUUCGAUUAUCUGGAUCAGCAUCUAGUAUUCGACAAUUAAAAGAUCAAUUUAAUACUCGAUAUGAUGUUGAUUUAUUUCAAUCUUCAUUAAAACCAGAUAUUCAUACAGUUUCGGGGCUUUUCAAAAGUUAUCUUCGAGAAAUGCCUACUCCUAUAAUUGGUGGUAAUGCAGUAAAUCAUUUAAGUGCUUUAGUUUCACAUAAUACUUAUCAACAACAACAACAAUCAAUGGGAGGGAUGUCGAAUUCAAAUUUGGCACGUAUAUUUAGAGAUUAUUUUAAUGAUGUUAAUAAUGUUGAUAAAAUUCAUUAUGAUUUAUCAUAUUUGGUGUUUAGUUUUUUGAGACAAAUUAUUCAACAAAGUGAUAUUAAUCGAAUGACAUUGAAGAAUGUGGGGAUUAUAUUUGAACCAACUUUGAAUAUUAAUGUUGAAGUUCUUUCGAUAUUUUUGGUUGAAUUUGACACUAUAUUUGGUGUAUAG